AUAGUCAACAUACCGGAUGCAGAGUUUUUUUCUGUAGACUAUAUUAAAACCCCAGGCCAUGCUUAUCUUCUCGGCACGAAAACAAUAAUACAUUUUCUGGGGACAAAUUAAAAAAAAAUAAGAAACAAGAAAUGGCGCAGUCUUCGACUCCUACGCUUCCCAGAGUGAUUGUGGAUCCAAGGUACUGUGUUCCGGACCCCGUGUAUCUGGCGAUGGUGCGGGAUAAUAUUAAUUUCAAGUACGGUAACUACGACAUAAGGGACGUUAACGGGAACAUGCUGUUCCAGGUAAAGAAGCCGGGCUUUGGUUAUUUUAGCGGUAGGAAGAUGUUCUUAUUGGAUGGUUCUGGAUCUCCGGUCUUGACUAUGAAAGAGAAGACGAUGACCAUGCAUGGAAGGUGGAAGGUGUAUAGAGGAGGGAGUACGGAAGAGUGUGAUUUGCUGUACUCGGUGAAGAGCUCGACGAUGCAAGUGCUGCUUACGACGGAACUUAAGGUGUUUUUGGGUCACAACCAUGAAGAGCAGAUAUGCGAUUUCAUAGUCAGAUUGAUGAAGGACGAACGCUCUUGUGCCGUCUACGCCGGUGAAUCUGAUGACGACGACAACAUGAUUACCUACAUGAAGCACAAGAAGCGAUCAUCGGGACUGGACAAUUUCUUGGUGACUGUUAAUCCAAACGUCGAUUAUGCCUUCAUUGCCUCUCUCGUAGUCCUUUUCGAUGUUUUUAAUCGAAUGGAUCCGCCGACGCUGAUGAGUUGAACGAGGCUGGACACGCUGCAGACAAGAUUGCACACCUUUUACAUCAAGCACUUCACUGAUGGAUUUUAAAAGAGAUUAAAUCCAACCAAAUCUAUUGUUAUUCAGUUAAUGAAUCUAAAUAUGUUUUAUAGUUCAGUGCUAUUGGAUCUUAUAUUUUAUCUGGUAGUGUAAAAUUCUGGCCCUACCGGCAAUUGCUGCUUAGCACAUGUGUGUGUGGAUAUGCUUUUUGUUUUGUAUUGUUGUACGUUCUUUAGACUGUUGUUGACACGGUGCACUUUGUAACGUGGCAUGGUUCCUACCAAAACUUGGUGUGAUCUUUCUAUUUGUAAAAAAUAAUGAUUUUCAGCUAUUGGAUAUACUUUCGUUGCGUAA